AUGCGUGCGGGCGCUAGCGACGACGGCGGCGGGGGAGUCUCGGGGAUGACAGUGGCUUUGCCCGUUGGGGUAACGGUCGUCGUCGCCGGCACGGGGGGAGGGGCCUGCGGCGGGGCCUUGCUGUGUGCGCUGGGCGGCGGCGGGGCCUGGCGCUGUAAGCGCUCUCCUCGGCCGCGGCCGGGCGGGCACCGUGGGCGGCGGCGGCGGCUGUGGUGCUUGGCGGAGGAAGCGUCCGUGUGUGCGGCGGGGAGAAGAUGGCCGGGCAGAGCGAGGGGCGCCGCAGCGGCCCGGCUGGGCCUGCUCCCCGCCCCCUCCCGCCGCAGGCGGCCCGCGCACUUCCUCCCGGCCCUCCCCUGUCGGGCGGGGGCCUCUCCUGCCCGCUUCGCCACCUCAGGGAACAGCCGGGCUGUAACCGCCGAGGCGGAGAGCCAGGCGCAGUCCGGUCCCCGCGUGCGAUAUGGAGAGAGCGGCGGUGGCCUCAGCCAGCCGCAGCAGCAACGUGGGCCGCCGCGGCGGCCCGGUGCACUAGAUCGAAGAAGCCGUCGCCUGUGCCGUCCUUGCCGUCGCCGCUGCCUCCGCGCCGGCCGUUGUGAUGGAGUAAAGGGCCCAGCAGCCCGUGAGAAGCGUGCCCGCCCCUCGGCCCGGGCCGGGGCCUGCUCCCGCGCCCGCCCAACUCGACUAGAAGGAGGUGCCUCCGCGUUCCGAGAUGUCGCUCGAGCUCAGGCCGCCCGCCGAGCCGCGGGGCUAGACUGA